GGACAAUCAAGCACAUUCACCACCACCACCACCACCACCAUGAUCGCGAUCACAACCUCCACCAUGGCCAACAAUAACCCCUCAAACACCACAAUUUACCAAGACACAUAUCUAACAGUCAAUCUCACGCUCCGCCCCACCACACCAGGCCACACCGUCGCAACCCUCACCACCAACAAAACGAACCUUUUCAACCUCCCCCUACCCACCUUCAUCGAGACCCUCCAAUCCCUGCGCCGCAUCUCCCUCCACCUCCGCGACGCCUUCAACGUCCAACGCUGCGCCCUAAUCACCACCGGCGGAACCACACUCUCCCUCCUCCCGCUCCACGGCCUCACCCCACAAUGGGCCCCCGUCACGCACCCCACUAAAGAAUUCCACUCCCAAUACCCGGGGUACAUCACCUCGAAGAACGCGCCGCAGAUGCCAACCCCCAAGCUCAACACCAUCCGCAGCAGCAUCCUCUUCGCCGCCUCCGCCUUCCCAACAAGCUACCACGCCGACCACACCUUUCACGGCCCCUCCCUGGACGACCAGAACCUCUUCGCGCGCAUCGUCCGCGGCGAGCUGUCACCCCAGUGGCGCGUCUGGGAGGACGCGCACCACGUCGCCUUUCUGACGCCCUACCCCAACGUUCCCGGGUUCACGGUGGUCGUGCCGCGCGUGCACCUGUCGAGCGAUAUCUUUUCGCUCUCCGCUGAGGAAUAUGCGGGGUUGGUGAGGGCGGCGCACACAGUCGGCAGAUUGCUGAUCCGGGCGUUUGGGAUCGAGCGGUGCGGGAUGAUCUUCGAGGGGUUCGAGAUUGACUAUGCGCAUGUCAAGCUGGUUCCCAUCCAUGGCGGCGGUGACGAUGAUGAUCACGAUGACCAGAACUUGGAGGAUUGGUGCGAGCCGUUCCAGGAGGCGUAUCAGGGGUAUGUCUCGUCCAUGCCCGGGCCGAGGGUUGAGGAUGAGGAGCCUCUGGUGAAGAAGGCGGAGGAGAUUCGAGCGGUGAUCAAUCCUAGUUCGUAGAAUUAUGAAGGAGAUGGGCUCUGGUCCCGGUUAGUUUGCCGCAGCCGUUACACCACAUCGGAUCUAGUUGUAAAAAUGGCCAUAUCUUU